UUUGUACAUCUGCUGUACCCACUUCACACACUCGAGUAAGUAUUGUCCUGUUUUCUUGAUUGCUUUCUAUUUGUCGAGGGGCACAUGUCUCUCCUAGCUGCCUGGAUAGCCUCAAUAUCUUAUUGGAUGUGCCCUUCCAAUCAAUCGGGGGAACAUGCAGCGAUUGACAUAUUCCGGCCCGUAUCCGGAAACUAUUCAUUGCUGUGUGAACAUCGGUCAGUGCCUGAUAGUAUGUCUCCAAAGGGCACACAGAAGAAUCACUGCCACAGCACGCUUGUGGAUGAUAAAAGAAGACUCAAUGGCGCGAAAGGCAAUUGCAGAUUAGGAAGUUUGAAGUAGACAGCGUAAAUGAGUGGUACCUCCACUGUCAGUCAUCUGCCAGCUGUGGAGGGCGCACGUAGCGAGUGGCAGGUGCGAUUGGCUGCCGGCCGAUAUACAUCUCAAUCCGUGAUGCCCAUAUAUUAGUGCAGCCUUCCCAUGACCUCCAUCCAGGCUGUGGUCCUUUACCUCGCACUCUGUCUAUAUUUAUCGCUUGGUAGGCUAUGUUUGUUGGGGGUGUAGACGGGAUAGAGGCCAUACC